AAGGCUGGGGUUUCUCUUCCUGGCAGCCCAACCGUACAUACUCAAGAACUCCUGCAAGAGGGCAUGUGAAUCCUGGAGCUCCCAGCUCUUCUGCUCCUGUUUCCACCAGCCCCCUCCCUGAGGGGCUCAUCAGGCCAUGACACAAGCUGAAGCAGAAGGGUGACAACAAAGCUUGCCAGACCUAUGUUCAUCAGGGCUCUUUCUUGAAUUGUUGAAAUAUCUGAGGAGAACUAGAGACCACAGCCUGCUUCCCUUUUAAAGAGAAGUGUAGAAACUGGCCUGUCCACAGUCAAGCUCCACGAACCCAACGUGGUCACUGCCUUUCCACCUCUGAGGCUCACAAUAACUAUGCAAGGUAUUAUUAUCCCACUAAACCUGAGACGAAACUGAGACACCUAGAAGUUACAUAUCCCAAGAUUCCACAACUGAUAAGCAUUUUGGAGCUAGCAUUUCAGAUCUUGGAGGCAUCUGAGGUUUAAUGAGGACUUUCCAGCAUUCCAGACUGCUGCCCUGCAAUGAAGCUGUGAGUCAGAGUCUCUGGGUCUAAGAAGUUGGCAACAAUGUGGAACCCCAGGACAGCCAACCUGACUAACCUUCAGUCUGAGCAGAAUCCCAAAAUGAGUCUGGCCUGAAAUCAGAGCAAGCCUAGAGAAAGACUUGCUUGUUGAUGGAAACAGGAAAGGAGAAAAAGGUUUGCAACAAAUUGCAGCAGGCUUUCCACCAUUCUAAAGAGCCCACCUUCCUUCUCAGCCAGGCCCUUCUCUGUGGGGACUCCCAUUCCAGCCUUUUGCCAGACACAGAGAAUGUCAGUCAUGCAGGAAAAAUAAAGACAGGACCUCAGAAAACGAGGCCUGGGACGGUAAUACUCUCACGACAGUCCAGUAGGAGAAUUAUGUCGGAAAGUCAGCCCAGCCCCCCGGUGAUCCCACCCCGCAGGCCUGGGUUCCGGGUGUGCUAUAUCUGUGGCCGAGAAUUUGGGUCCCAGUCAAUUGCCAUUCAUGAACCCCAGUGCUUGGAGAAGUGGCGGAUUGAAAACAGCAAGUUGCCCAAGAACCUGAGGAGGCCAGAGCCCUCUAAACCUCAGCCUCUCGGGGGCAGCGGGUCCUACGAUCUUCAGGCAGUGAACGAGGCAGCGUUCCAAAGUUCCCAGGCUCAGCUGCUGCCCUGCGAAUACUGCGGCCGCACGUUCUUGCCAGAUCGGCUUCCCGUUCACCAGAGAAGCUGCAAGCCCAAGGAUGAUGGGACCAGAGCACCAACCCUCAGCAGUUCUGAUGAUGGUGCUGGUCCCAGGAAGGCUGCUGGUAGCAUCCCCGUCCGACCACAGACUCUCACCUGCUACAUUUGUGGUAGGGAGUUUGGCACUCUGUCCCUUCCCAUUCACGAGCCCAAAUGCCUGGAAAAGUGGAAAAUAGAAAAUGACCGGCUCCCCAGGGAGCUCCGCCGACCACUCCCACAGAAGCUUCAGCCACUUCCCACCGGACAGUCCAACCAAGAGGGGCCAAGUCAAACCCAGCUGGUGCCCUGUCCAAACUGUGGCCGGACCUUUGCCCCGGACCGCCUUCUGGUACACCAGAGGAGCUGUAAAGCUCAACCUAGUGGACCAAAGAUUCAGGAUUUAACCUUAGGGAGUAAAGAUGCCCUAAAAGAGUCCGCUAAGUCCAAACAGCAAAGGAACAUGGCGGCACCCACGGUGACUGAUAAGCCAACAAUGAUAAGGCGUCCACCAACAGUUAUCUGCUACAUUUGUGGUCGUGAAUAUGGAACAAAGUCUAUCGCCAUUCACGAACCACAAUGUCUGAAAAAGUGGCAUAAUGAAAACAACUUGUUACCGAAAGAGUUAAGGAGACCCGAACCUAAAAAACCAGAAGUCAGGACCAUUACUGCCAAAGGUUUCUAUGAUCUUGAUGCCUUAAAUGAAGCUGCUUGGACCAGUGCCCUGAGCCAGUUGGUUCCCUGUAAUAUUUGUGGGCGUACCUUCCUGCCAGACAGACUGAUUGUUCACCAACGAUCCUGUAAACCAAAAGCCGCCAAGUAAAGCCCUCUCCCAGCACAAGUGUUACAGGACUUAGAUUCUUCUGAGAGAGAUCGGGGUAUGGAGAGACGGAGGGAAAGGGGGUAAAGCGAGGAAACAAGAAACCCUGGAGACCACUGGAGGUUGUCUAGAGCGGGAAGCCUGCUCAGGGUUCUUGUGGCAGGAGCGUGACCAUGACCGUGACGUGGUGGGCCGUCGCUCUGCAUUUGCUGAGCAGCUGCGUGCUUGCGCAGAGACACACGGUGGCGAAGGGAAGGGAGGGCUCCUCACACUCCAUGGGGCAGAGUUACAAGUGGGCUGCAACUCCUCAGGGCUGGCAUUUUUGUCUCCAGGAAAUUUCAGAGCCAACUGUUGCUGUUUUUCUUCCCUUCUCUUCUUCCUGAGCAGGAUUUUUGAAUUUCACAAUAAGGCCUAUUAUUUUUCAGGGAGCAAGAGGGUUCAGGUGGUGAUUUCAGGCAACUCCUUGGUCUCCAGAAAAACUGGAUUCCUUCCCACCCUUGUGCUCUCUGAAAUAAGGUGCCACUCCCUGUUUCCUCCAACCCAGGGAAACGCUCUUAAUUGAGCUGUUGAUUGGGAAUCUUCUUUUCUCUAUAAAAUCAUUGCACAGCAAAGACUUUCAAAAAAGAGCUAAGGAGUUAAAGUACUAGGAUCAUGUCUAACUCCUACUCCCUUACCAAGAGCGGGAAAUGCUACAGAGAAAUUUCAGAAUUGAUGCCAGCCUCAUAUGUCAGAAAACUGCUACAGUGUGAUUCAUCACAUGGGUGGGUGGAGGUUAGCGCUUCCCUCCUAUAGGAGAAGUCCAGAGAGUUCUCUGUGGCCUCAGAGAGGCUUAUAGGUGUUUUAUUGUUAAGCUCUAAAAGCCUGCCAGGAAGUUCUGUGCCUCCCCACCCACUGCCCAGGCAAUGGCUUGUGCAACUGCUCUGUAUUUUAAACCUUGAAUGUGCAUUCAUAGAGGCGGGGCUCUCCUGGGAGGAGGCCAGGGUCAGGAGGUGCUCUGCCCAGGAAAUUCUGCUCCCCUGGACGGCGCUGCGUUGCCUGGACUCCUGGCAGUUUUGCUUGUGGUCUUUGUUCAUUUUAUGGCUGAAGUUCAGAACCAUCCAGGAUCCACUGGGUUGCUGCAGACCUUGAAUUCAUGACCUAACACAGCACAGUCAGCUCCAAAUUAUACAAGCAAAUGUGUUGGACCUAAUAUUUUAGUCUCACAUCUCCAAUUAGAAGAGGUUAGGUUAUGUUAAUUGCACUAAUCAGUCAUUGUUAUUAUUUUGUUUUGUUUUUGUCCCAAAGGAAGAAGAGAUUAACUUCUAAAAUAGUCUUUAGGUACCCUCAAAGAAGAUUAUCCUCUUGAGAAAGACAUAGCAUCUAACACCCUGUUGAUGGUUUAGUUCUUUCAUUUCACUAGCUCGGAUGACAACAUCUAAUACCGGAGUUAGUGUACCGUCAAUCAGCCACUGUGCUUAGAGCCCCUUAGACUGCCAUGCAAAUAAAUCUCACAUCAGGCUAGGAGGAGAGGUUAUCUUUAUUUUAUGUCUCAGGAACGGUAUUUAAAUAGAUAACAAGCUAACUCGAGGUCACACUGGGCUUGAGUAGAGGGAUGGACUAGGGAAGCAAACUCGUGACUCCCGGAAUCCCAGAUUCCCUCAGGUACCCGUGCUAUCUGUAUGCUACAUCUCAUCACGGGCUCAAUGGACCAUGCGAACAAAUGAUCCGCCACGUGU